AUGGAUGAUCAAACAACGUGCGGUGGAUCGAGCAAUGAUCCGAUUAUAACUAGUAAGGCGGCUUGUCCUCGAGGCCACUGGCGGCCGGCCGAAGAUGAAAAACUCCGGCAACUUGUCGAGCAAUUUGGCCCUCAAAACUGGAAUUCUAUAGCUGAAAAGCUUCAAGGAAGAUCAGGUAAGAGUUGCAGAUUGAGAUGGUUCAAUCAACUUGACCCAAGAAUAAACAGAAAGCCAUUCUCAGAAGAUGAAGAGGAAAAGCUUCUUGCAGCUCACAGCUUACAUGGCAACAAAUGGGCUCUCAUUUCAAGGCUUUUCCCAGGUAGAACUGACAAUGCUGUCAAAAACCAUUGGCAUGUAAUCAUGGCUAGAAAACAAAGGGAACAAAAAUCCAACCUCAUGAUAUGUGGCAAAUUAAGGAUGAAUAAUAGUGAUCAUUGCACUAAUAAUAAGUCUCCCACUAAUUACGUUUUCCGACGAAAACACUCGAGGCUCGUCAACAACGACGAAGAGUUCCACGGCUCGAAGAUCAGUUUCAUAAGGAAUGAUGGUUUUCCCGAUUCAGAAAGUCGAAGCAAGGAUCAUAGGAUGUGGCCGCGCGAUUUUUCGGCUAAUUAUAAUAAUUACUCUCGCGAUUUGUUCUACGGAUCGAGAAGAAACGGGCCACAAGUACAAGUGUUUAGUGGCUACAAGUACUUGGAUGCAUUUAGUAAUCAUAUGGAAUGUGGGGUGAUGAAGGGUGAAUCCAGAGGCGCGGAACAAAGUUCGUUCGACUUCGAAAAGAAGAGGAUGGAUCGCUCGAGAGAAGGGUUAGGAGAGGAACCGGUUCGAACGAAAAAUGUUCCAUUUAUAGAUUUUCUUGGUGUGGGAACCUCUUCUCGAUCGAUUAAUUAG